GGUUUGCCAGAUGUGUGGCAAAAUAAGGUGCCGAGUGAUGAGAUAGUAAACACUCGGUACAUUAAUCCCAAUCUCGUACCACACCUUGGGUCUUCUGAAAAAACUGAAGUGACUGGAAAGAACAUUGGUACUCCGUUCAACACACAACAUGGCUUACCUCCGGAAAUGAAAGCUAGCCUAAAAUCUGCUGGAAUGCGAAAUGAAGAGUUUAAGCGAGUGCCGGGAAAGCUAACACAACAAAAUAGCCUACACGAUUCUCGCUCUAAAUCAGCAGCCAAUCGCUUGCAAAAUCCUGCACAUCAACGCUCUAUAUCUCUUGGCACGCAAGACCGCUCGAUUGCUAAUGACGGUUCCCGAUUACAUUCGCCAACGGAAACCGGAUUCUCACGCAAAACAUCCGCAACACACUUAUCCCUUCGAAAGAAUUCGGCCACAUCAACGUUCACUCAUUUGAACGAACCGACCAAUGGCACUUCCAGUAAGGCCGGGUCACGAAAAGGAUCAACAUCGUCACAAAACUCGGCGAAAGAAUCACAAUCUCCUACUUCAUUCAAACAAGCAAUCUCACCAUCCCAGCCCACGCCAAAUACGAGUUCUACUAAUGCACAUGACAGUGCUAGGCGAAUUCCACCGAAAAUGACUCUUCAAUCAGUAUCGACAUCACAUCAAAACAUAUCUGCACCUUCUCAAUCACCGAGGAAAAUUAUGGUGGCUAGUCCCAGUCUCUCUAGAGAAGCGAACGGUCCUCAGAUUACACCGAGAAAUAAGAGUGCUUCGCCUGAUAUAUUACGAGAUCGGCCAUCGUCACCGCUUCCGAACGAACGCACUUUCAAUAAUGGUCCUCAGAUUACACCGAGAAAUAAGAGUGCUUCGCCUGAUAUACUACGGGAUCUGCCAUCGUCACCGCUUCCGAAUGAACGAACUUUUAAUAAUGGUCCUCAGAUUACACCGAGAAACAAGAGUGCUUCGCCUGAUAUAUUACGGGAUCGACCAUCGUCACCACUUCCGAACGAACGCACUUUCAAUAACGGUUCUCCGAUCACAUUGACAAACAAGAGUAUGUCACCCCGAAGUCGGCCAACAUCACCGCUGCCUCACGAACGCACUUUUAACAAUGGUUCUCCGAUAACGUCGACAAACAAGAGCGUUUCACCUGAUAGGUUACGGGAUCAGCCAUCGUCACCACUCCCUAACGUACGAACUUUCAACAACGGUCUACCCUACGAGAGUAGUAAUGGAUACAUACCGCCAAGAAAGACACCCAAUGAAUCACAGUAUACACAAAGACUAUUGGGUUCACCUGGUUUUCCACCAGAAAGGAGGGGAUCAGCGUCUCCCUCGAAAGACAGAUUCGGUCCUAUUUCACAAGAUAAUAUUAACACGGAUAAUCGCGCAAAAAAUUUCUCUAAUAACAUAACAAAUAUACAAUGGGAUCGAAUACCUCCCCCACCAAAAGACAUUCCAAAGCUUCAAGCUCCGCCAAUCAAGAUUAGGCAAAAUCCAUUACCCAAGGAAAUACAACAUCUUGCCGAUAUCUUGGACAAGGGUGAUCCCACACCGUUGUACACAGAUUUAACCCAAAUAGCGGAAGGGGAAUCCGGUGAUAUGUAUGCUGCACGAAAGGCAGACAAA